AAUAGUAAGUUCCACCGUCAGAAGGUCAUUAAAUAUGCAGCCGAGACACAGAGCAUCCCACCUCCCCGACGUGGGCCCCACGGCCAGCGGUUCGAUUGUCCGCAUUCACCCAAACCCCUCCGGUUCCCCCUUCAAAAUAUCACGCCUUUCCCACACAACUGCUCGCACCACGUUUUGAUUCACUGCAGAGAAAAUCGCGGCACUCUCUCUCUCUCUCUCUUCAAAUAUCUCCCUCCCAUUUCUCUCCCUCACCUCUUCUCCUCAAACAACUGCCCUCGUAUCUCUGCCAGUGAGACACAGGAAAACACACACACACACACACACUAUGAGGGAGAUCCUGCAUAUUCAGGGCGGACAAUGCGGAAAUCAGAUCGGCUCCAAAUUCUGGGAGGUGAUCUGCGAUGAGCACGGCGUCGAUCCCACCGGCAGGUACAAGGGCGACGGCUCCGAAUCCGACACUCAGCUGGAGCGGAUCAAUGUCUAUUUCAAUGAGGCUUCAGGCGGGAGGUACGUCCCACGCGCCGUCCUCAUGGAUCUGGAGCCUGGAACCAUGGAUUCCAUCAGAUCCGGUCCCUACGGUCAGAUCUUCCGCCCCGACAAUUUCGUCUUCGGUCAGUCCGGCGCCGGCAACAAUUGGGCCAAGGGACAUUACACUGAGGGUGCCGAGCUCAUUGAUUCCGUCCUCGAUGUUGUCAGGAAGGAAGCCGAGAACUGCGACUGCUUGCAAGGAUUUCAGGUUUGUCACUCACUUGGAGGAGGCACAGGUUCUGGCAUGGGUACCCUCUUGAUUUCAAAGAUCAGAGAGGAAUAUCCAGACAGAAUGAUGCUUACAUUCUCUGUUUUCCCUUCACCGAAGGUCUCUGACACUGUUGUUGAACCAUAUAAUGCUACUCUCUCAGUGCACCAGUUGGUGGAGAAUGCAGAUGAAUGUAUGGUCCUUGAUAAUGAGGCUCUCUAUGAUAUCUGUUUCAGGACAUUGAAGCUCAGCACUCCAAGCUUUGGUGAUUUGAACCAUUUGAUCUCUGCGACUAUGAGUGGUGUAACCUGUUGUUUGAGAUUCCCCGGUCAGCUGAACUCUGAUCUAAGGAAGCUAGCAGUGAAUUUGAUUCCAUUUCCACGUCUCCACUUCUUCAUGGUGGGCUUUGCUCCACUCACCUCUCGUGGGUCACAGCACUAUAUAUCUCUAACUGUCCCUGAGCUGACGCAACAAAUGUGGGACUCAAAGAAUAUGAUGUGUGCUGCUGAUCCUCGCCAUGGGCGCUACUUGACAGCCUCUGCCAUGUUCCGGGGUAAAAUGAGCACCAAAGAGGUGGACGAACAGAUGCUUAAUGUGCAGAACAAGAACUCAUCAUACUUUGUUGAGUGGAUUCCGAACAAUGUCAAGUCCAGCGUGUGUGAUAUUCCACCCACAGGACUGAAGAUGUCGUCCACUUUUGUGGGGAAUUCAACAUCAAUCCAGGAAAUGUUCCGCAGGGUGAGCGAGCAGUUCACAGCCAUGUUCAGGCGCAAGGCCUUCUUGCAUUGGUACACUGGCGAAGGCAUGGACGAGAUGGAGUUCACUGAAGCGGAGAGUAACAUGAACGACCUGGUGGCAGAGUACCAGCAAUAUCAGGAUGCCACUGCCGACGAAGAAGAAGACUAUGAAGAAGAUGCUGAAGAGCAGUAUGACACCUAAAACAGACCAGCGUAUGAACAAGAAGAAGAAGAAGAAUAUUUUGCUUGCUGCUUUUGUGUGAUGAUCGGAUCCUGUAUUAUCUUCAUCCAACUUCAUUUUUUUUUUCUGCUUUGAACUUAGCAUCUUACUACUGGCUUUUGUUUGUUGGUAUUAAACAUUAGCGUGCAUUUGUUUGGUAUCCAUAAUCAUUGUUUUGUUUCA